GCCAUAUCUUGUGUCAUUACGACAACUCAUCAAAACAGCGUCACCUAGCGUUCAUUUACGGCACUGACCGGGCUGCCAGCUACAGUAUCAGUGUGAAGAUGGCGGAGGGAGAAUUGAACGUUGAUAGCCUCAUCUCUCGGCUCCUUGAAGUGCGAGGAUGCCGUCCAGGGAAGAUUGUCCAGAUGACCGAAGCAGAGGUUCGAGGUCUCUGCAUCAAAUCCAGGGAGAUCUUCCUGAGCCAGCCCAUUCUGUUGGAGCUUGAGGCCCCCCUGAAGAUUUGUGGUGAUAUUCAUGGGCAGUACACAGACCUGCUGAGGCUGUUCGAGUACGGCGGCUUCCCACCAGAGGCAAACUAUCUUUUCCUGGGUGACUACGUGGAUAGAGGGAAGCAGUCCCUGGAAACCAUCUGCCUUCUGCUGGCCUACAAAAUCAAAUACCCAGAGAACUUCUUCCUGCUUAGGGGCAACCACGAGUGUGCUUCCAUCAACCGUAUUUAUGGCUUUUAUGACGAGUGCAAGCGCAGGUUCAACAUCAAACUGUGGAAGACCUUCACUGACUGCUUUAACUGCCUCCCCAUCGCUGCUAUCAUCGAUGAGAAGAUCUUCUGCUGCCACGGAGGGCUUUCACCCGAUUUACAGUCGAUGGAGCAAAUCCGCAGGAUCAUGAGGCCCACAGAUGUGCCUGACACAGGCCUGCUGUGUGACUUGUUAUGGUCAGAUCCAGAUAAGGAUGUGCAAGGCUGGGGAGAGAAUGACCGCGGGGUGUCCUUCACCUUUGGGGCAGAUGUGGUCAGCAAGUUCCUAAACCGCCAUGACCUGGACCUCAUCUGCAGAGCACACCAGGUUGUGGAGGACGGAUACGAGUUCUUCGCCAAACGCCAACUGGUUACACUCUUCUCUGCUCCAAACUACUGCGGGGAGUUUGACAAUGCGGGCGGCAUGAUGAGCGUAGACGAAUCCCUCAUGUGCUCCUUCCAGAUCUUGAAGCCGUCGGAGAAGAAGGCCAAGUACCAGUACGGCGGAGUAAACUCUGGUCGGCCGGUCACCCCGCCCCGCACCGCCCAAGCCCCAAAGAAGAGGUGAACGCUCAGCGGUGUCCCUCCCCCGUCAUCUCCUCUACCCCCCGGUCUGCCUCAAGUGGCAAACCCUGUAAACACCCGCUGUAGAGUGAAGAUAUGGGGCUUAUCUUAUUUCCCAAAUCUUUCUCGUGCUGCCCCACUCACCCUGUUCAACUCCACUGACAGCUUUUUUCUUAAUGUGUACGUGUACAUAAAUUUGCUGUGACCAAUCUUUCUUUUUUUUUUUUCUUUUUUCUUUCUUUUUGCUUGUUUGUUGGAAUUUUUGAUAUUAUUAAUGAAUAAUCUUCUGGGUGGUUUUACUUCUAAUACUGUUUGAGAGUUUCUGAGGUUCUGUGUUGUGUCAGGAAAUGCCUUCCAGGAAAUCCUUCUCCGUUUGUCACAGAAAUCAAAUGAAGAUGAAAUUCAGUUCUGCCUUGACCUGUCAUAAAAAAGACCAAAUAAAAGGACCAUAGUAUCAGUGUAGCUCUAAAUACCAGACAGUAACGGCCUUUCUAUUAUUCACUUUUAAUAUCUUGUAUUCAAUGAGCAUGGGAUAGAAUAGUUAAAGAUAUAUAUAUUUAAAAAACUGAUGAAAUGGACCUUGUGAUUAUUUGCGAAGAAUGUAAAAGGUAGGCUUGGUAAAAAUCUGGAGACGGUGCUGGUCGUGGGCACAAAACGGCCGGACACGGCAUCGAUUCCUCUCUGCUAUCCCUCCUGGUGCCUCGACUCCCACACACACAAAAAGAAACAGGCUGCUGCGCAGACAAAGCUGGUAUUAACCUUUUACCAGAUCUGUUUAAUAAACUUUCUAAUCGAGAGAAUUUAUCCUUCACAGCCAAAUAAUCCUCUUGUUCUGUGGUGACUAAAUGAGUUUCUCUUUAAUUUGAGUAAUACACAUUUCAGGAAUUUGAAUAUUAAGAAAUGAAUAGUCAAAGUUUGCUUUUGGGAGUGUUAUGGUAAAAAGACAGCUUUCUGCUCUUAUAGUCCAAUCUGUGGUGGUGCAGGGUGUGAAGAGUGGCUGAUGUGGGAGUGGGUGGAAGUCUGUGGCACUUUCAGCAUUGCUUUGUGAUUGUAAUGCCACCUGGUGUACAAAUACGUCACUACAGCGCAGGCUCACGUGCAUCCCAUGUUGUAUAUUUCCAGACAGGUCACGACAUUGCCAGUAUUAAAUGUGUAAUUUACUGUUAUGAAGUAACAGUUCCACACACACCAGCUCUGACUCUGGUUUGUGUUUCAGCUUCUUCUACACAUGAGUUGAAAUGUAAUGGAUUCAAAACUAAAGUUGCCUCUUUUUAUUUUUUGCUUUAGUUGUAUUUUUAUGUUCUCCAUUCAUAUUGUUUAUCUUCAGUUUUUCUUAAUUUAUUUCUUUGAUGGUAAGAAAACAAAAGUGUUACCAAAAGCCGUUUUGCAAUUUAUACAAGUUUGUUUUAAAGUCUAUACAUUCAAUAAAAUGGAUGGAAUCAAA